AUGGACCGAAUCCACUUCAAAUCAUCCACUGACCAACGGCAUCGAGAGACAAGCGAGGACGACCAUCAGGUGCGAACCCUGUCAGAACGCCCGACGGAGCCACAUCAGUCAGAUGCACUGACACAACCAAUCGAAGCACAAGGACACGAACAUGAAGAGGAGGAGCCAACGAUUGCAUUCCGCAGGUCUAUCCUUCAGGCGAACCAGAUUGACGAGGUGCUCUUGAAGGAAGAGAGUUGUAGUGAUCCAUACUUACGUGACCGCGUUUAA